AAUACUAUGUCUCCACCACCACCUCUCAAACGGCAAAGACUUUCGGAGGACGAAUCCGACGACUCCGAUGGCUCGGGCAACUUUUCGGACGAUUCGGAGGGCAGCUCUGACCAUAUUGGCGACAUGAAACCACAAAAGUCACGCCAAACGAAGAAACGAAAAAUUCGUGCAACUCGCGCGACGGCCUUUGGAGAAACUCUUCAAUCGUUGCUUGGCACCGACGCCCCCUCUGCGCUACCGCUUUCCCUCAAACCCUCAGUGGGCAGGAAACGCAACGAUGAGAAAUUGGAACUCAAAGCGAAGAGGGUGUUGCAAGUAGAACGGAAGGAGAAGGAAGAUAAGGGUCGUAUCAAGGAUGUUAUUGGGGGCUGGGGUGGAGAAAGUGAAAGAGCUCUCCGAAAGGUGGCUCAGCGCGGAGUGGUCAAACUUUUCAAUGUCAUACAACAGUCGCAAGCCUCGGCUGCCGCAGUGGUUGAAGAGAAUAAGGCAUCGCGGGGAACCGGGAAGGCGACGUUAGCAGCGCCUGUUGAAAAGCCUGUAAAUAAGUCGGACUUCCUCGAUUUUAUUCGGGCGGGCGCGGUUGUGUCUAAACGAUGA